GCAAGGUGCAUUUACGAAUUGUCUAAUUUUAUCAUACACUUCGCAUUUGCGAAUCCUUCGAACAUGAAAAUUAAUGAGUAGUAUAAAACUUGGAUUUAGCAAUAUGCAUUUACGAAAUUCGUAAAAUGCUCUCAAUAAUGUGUAUUUACCAACUGACCGAAUCAAACGAACUGGAGUUUUCAUUUUCAUGGUAUGAAAGUGUUGAAACAACAGUUUGCACGGUGCGAAGUGCAUUUCGUUUUUGAACACCUUGGCCGCACAAUUGUUAUUUUGAUCAAAUGCAUUUGGUAUUUGUUCAUGAAACGAUGUCAUCUGUUCAUGCUGUCAACUUUCAUGCGAAACAACAUUGAAAUUACGUGUUAAAGAUAAAAUCACAUACAAGAAAAAAUGAUCAAUGAAUAUUGCUAUAUGACAAAUAUCUCAAAAACUGUUAUCAAGCAGUACAACGAAAAAUAUUGUCAAUUAAAAAGUUGUGCUUGCUUUAAACUUAAAUCGCAUUGCAAAAAAAAAGCAAAUUAGAGCGAAAAAGUAUAACGUAAGUGUAACAUUUUGCUUAUAGACUAAUUAAAUAAAUAAAAAAAUUGUAUUAAUGGAAUAACACGUAUUGCAACCAUCAAAGAUCUUUUUUCUAUCGUUUUCUACCGAUAAAUGAUUAGCUAUAAGAAAUAACCAUCAGUAAGAGACUGAAAAAUAUCUGGCAUUCUCUCGUAAGAGUUCAGCAAAAUCUUCUGUCAUCCAACUAUAAGAGCCUGUGAUAGUUGUACCAUCAAACUUUAAGGAGAAGACUUCUCCUCAUACAGUUGAUUUUUUGACUGGAAUCAAAAUCGAGUUUUCUUCAACGCUGGAUAGCCGGAAGCGUUCUCUUUCAUAAUAUAUAUUGCUUCUGCUGGAAAAAAUUAGGUGUUGAUGGAUUUUUGAAUAUUUUUUCAGAAACUUCUUCACAGUUAGACCGAUGAAAUUCUUAUUUCUUUUACGCUUUUCUCACAACAGAGUUUCCACUUAGUAAAGUACAUAAAUCUAAAAGAAAAGGACCGAUGAUUCUUAGAUUCAACCAUCCAGAUUCAUUUGAUAGUAACCGCAGCUUCUACAACUAUUCCCCACGAUGAGAAACGUGUAACAGCCCCAAUUUCACUUUUGCACAGCUAUAACUUCUGAGAUAAUCAACAUUUUGAGCUAAUAGCUUUAUCAUACGUAUUUAUACGACCGUCUAACACUUCUGCCAGUUUUGGACAUACGCUUUAGAGAAUUUUUCCUGAGAGAGAACCCUGUUUCAGAAAUUAUUACUACUGUGAUGGAGAAUCGAUGAAGAAUGUAUCGAAAAACACACAGAACAUUCGGGACCAUCUUCUUUCAAGCAUUCUCCUCUAAGGGAAACGCUGUUAUCAAAACUUUGCAGAAUAAAUGGAGAAUAAACGUUGAGAUUAUUAGAUCAAUCAGUUACAGUAAGCCAAAAGCUGUAAUAACUUUCUUCAUCUAUGAUCUUUAACUUAAGAUCGAGUUGUGCACAAUCUGAAAUAAGAGGAAAGUCUGAACUACAAAAUAAGGUCGAUCUUCUUUUUACAAAGUUAUAACUUUUUUAAUUUUUUACCUAAAAGAUAAAAACAGACUUAAUUUUUUUAGUUUUGUAAAUUUUUCUCUCCUUUCCAGUGCUUUCAAAAUAUUUUCUGAUACGUAGACUGAUAGAACAAAGUGUUUUCUUCAUCAAUAAUCUCCCAAAAAUUUUCAAUGGUUUUUCGCGGAGUAAAGAGUAUUAAUUUAUAUUUUUAUAUGAUCAAUACUAAAAUAAGGCUAUUUUUUAGUUAUUAUCGAUCCCGUUACUCAGAUAGAUGAUGAAUAUCGUUGUAGUGCGUCUCAAAAUAUUCAAAUUCAAGCUGUCCAACCAAUAUGGAAUAAAGAUGCAAGAUUUUCUAGUUGUCCAGUUGCUGAAACAAUUCUGCAGUAUUAUCGUUGUAAUGAAAUUACACGUUUUAUGUAUACAAGAACGUUUAUUCGUGACGAAGAUCGUAGUGCGACACUUGAUAUUGCUAAAUACUCGUCUGAACGGUAUGAAUUUUCCACUUUACUUCCUCUACCAAACGCAGCACAAUGGAUUUCAUGUGGUGAAUCUGUUAAAGUAUUUCUUAGUCCGUUAGAGAAUGCUGUUCAAAUGCUUGAUAAAACGCAUAGAGAAUUAAAAGCAUUGGUCGAGACAAAUGAAAUGGAUAAGGAGCUUAAUGUAACACCCUUGUUUGGAAAAACAGCCGGAAUUCUAGAUGCUGCUGUUAUGGGAGGAAAUGUGGUGGUCGAACAGAUACCAUUGUUAGAAAGAGCGUUGAUAAUUAUGAAAGAAAAAGCAAAAUCAGAAGCAUUUCCACAUUUUGAACAUUUACGUAAUAUUUUUAUGCAUUAA